GCCGGACCCACAGGGGAUUAGGUGUGAAGUCUGGGCUGGCAUCUUGCAUUUGCAAUAGCAUCGGCGACAGCAGCAGCGAUAGCAGCAGCAUGAGUGAGUUGUACUGCAAGGAGGACACGAUCCAGCUGAGGAAGAAACAUAUUGGCCCAUCAUGCAAGGUCUUCUUUGCCAAGGAUCCUCUCAAGAUUGUGCGGGCCCGUGGCCAGUACAUGUUUGAUGAGAAUGGAGAGCAAUAUUUGGACUGCAUCAACAACGUGGCUCAUGUGGGACACUGUCACCCAGAAGUGGUCAGUGCUGCCGUGAAACAGAUGGAGCUGCUCAAUACUAAUUCACGAUUUCUCCACGACAACAUCCUCGAGUAUGCUAAGCGUCUGAUUGCAACCCUGCCAGAGAAGCUCUCCGUUUGCUAUUUCACAAAUUCUGGCUCUGAAGCCAAUGACCUUGCCUUACGUCUUGCCAGGCAGUUGAGAGACCAUCAAGAUGUGAUCACUCUUAACCAUGCCUACCAUGGUCAUGUGACUUCUUUGAUAGAGAUCAGUCCAUACAAGCAUCGAUUGGGGAAAGAUGACAAGAAAGAAUUUGUGCAUGUGGCACCAUCUCCAGAUACGUAUCAGGGAAUAUAUAGAGAGGACCAUCCAGAUCCUGCCAGUGCUUAUGCAGAUGAGGUGAAGAAAAUUAUUGAAGAAGUUCAAAAGAAAGGGCGGAAGAUUGCUGCCUUUAUUGCUGAAUCCAUGCAGAGCUGUGGAGGCCAAAUCAUUCCACCAGUGGGAUAUUUCCAGAAAGUAGCAGAUUCCGUCCGACAAGCGGGAGGUGUAAUCAUUGCUGAUGAAGUGCAGGUUGGCUUUGGUCGAAUCGGAAAGCACUUUUGGGGCUUCCAAAUGCACGAGGGCUUUGUGCCGGACAUCGUGACCAUAGGAAAGCCGAUGGGCAACGGCCACCCAGUGUCUUGUGUUGUGACCACCAAAGAGAUCGCUGAAGCCUUUAAUGCCUCUGGAAUGGAGUAUUUCAAUACGUAUGGAGGAAAUCCAGUGUCUUGUGCUAUUGGCUUGGCUGUCCUAGAUGUAAUCGAAAAGGAAGAUCUCCAGAGAAAGGCCACAGAGGUGGGGAACUACAUACUUGAUUUGCUGAAUGAACAAAAGGCCAAGCAUCUUCUUAUAGGUGAUGUCAGGGGUCUCGGCUUAUUUAUUGGAAUAGAGUUAGUGAAAGACCGACAAAAAAGGACUCCAGCUCCUGUUGAAGCCCACCAUAUCAUAUACAAAAUGAAAGAAGAGAGGAUUCUUCUCAGUGCUGACGGUCCCAACCGAAAUGUCCUCAAAAUUAAACCGCCCAUGUGCUUCACUAAAGAAAAUGCAGAGUUGAUGGUGGAAAAGUUGGAUGAAACUCUCACAGCUUUAGAAGAGACCAUGGGAAUCCACACUGAAAAUGCAGUUUCAGGAAAAACAGCAUCCAAAGAAAAAAUGCUCCCUGCAGCAAAUUCAGACUGUGUCAACAACAUCAGCCAGACCAACGGAAACUCAUGCAGGAAAAGAAAUGGACUUUGUAUGGAGAAACACAACACUUCCUUCAAGAGGAUCUCCACAUGAACAAGGCCCCGAUACUUUCACCUCAACAGUUUCAUAGAGGGUGACUAGAUGUGUCCCGCCAUUUUCUGGGAAAAUUGUUAUUAAACAUUUUGGGUUAAUGUAUAGGGUGAUUAUUCAUCUCACUUCGAUUUGAAAUGAAGUUAGGUCAAUAUGCAAAUACUAGCUGAUGACCAAAAUACUGUUAGGGUUGGUUAUUAAGUUUUGUAACAUCUAUCCUAUAUAAUCCAUGCUUAAUUUAUUCUGUGGGUGUGUGUGAUUUCAGUAUGAAUUACUGAGUUGAAGGGCUACCUUUUAAAUACUUUAAAACAUAUUUAAAAAUCGUUUUGUAAUGGGACCCAGAAGUCAAUGAUCAUGAUUUCCUACUGUGAAAAAGCUUUUUUUCUUGACCCAGGCAGGGUUAGAAGGGCCCUGAGUUAUUCAGGCAAGCCACAUUAAAUACACAUAUCAUUGAAUAAUAGCAACGUUACUCCAAGAAAUCCACAGACCACCAUCAUAGUGGGAAUAGCCAAGAGACUCUUAGAACAGAGUCAUUUGUGGAAGAGGAAAUACAAUGAGAUUCGGACAGCACCAUCUGGUGAACAUUUGCAUUGAAUUAAGAGCCAGGAAGCCUAAAUUUUAAUCCCGGUUUGGCUGGGAACAAUCUGAGCACCUCAUUUCUUUCAUUUCUUUACAUGUCUUAAGAAAUAAUUGUUCCUCCCAGUUGGGUUGCAAAGCUAAAUAUGAAAAUACAUGCAAAAACGCAGUGAACUCGUAGAAGAGGGAAUGAAUAUUCAUUUGGAGGGGAGAAGGCUGGGGGUGGUCAUAUAGUUAUGGUCACUAGAGAAGUCCAAAAGCACUUUCAUUCAUUCAUUGAAUCGUAUUUAUUGAGCACUUACUGUGUGCAGAGCACUGUAUUAAGUGCUU